AACCUCCCAACAGAACUUCUUUCCAUUGCAGAACUCAGCUGAUUCCCUUCGCAAGACGAUUGAGGACGAGUUCACUGAGCUGCAGCAAUUCCUGAGCCAGAAGAAAGAUGCAGUACUGGCCCAACUAGAUGAGGAUGAAAACGCUGCACGCAUGAACAUGAUGACGCAUCUCUGGAAGAUCCGGGAGGGCCUGUCUGCAGACAGAGAGAUGAUGAGCCAGGGAAAGGCAAAAAUGGAACAGACGGAUUCAGCUGCCUUCCUCCUGGCUCCCUGCUGAAAAGGAAGCUGAGGACGUAGGAAACCAGGUUGACCGCUCUGUUGUUUGCAGGGAACUUUGCCUGGGCAAGUUCAAGGGUCCACUGCAAUACCUAGCAUGGAAUAAGAUGAGAUCCAUCGUCAGAACAGAAGCAGAACCAAUCCACCUGGACUGCGGCACUGCUCAUCCCGAAUACACUUUCUUAUUACAAAACUAUCGUACAGUGUUUGGAGUGCUUAAGAAACCCUGGAGCUAUCCAGAAAUAUUUCAGGACUCUCCCGUUGUGCUGGGGAAAGAGGGGUUCCAUUCAGGAAGACACUACUGGGAGGUUGAGGUCCAAAGCAAGGGAGACUGGGUGAUUGGCGUAGCCUUGGAGUCCAUCCCAAAGCAAAAAGGCAAGGAUCCCACUUCUCUGACGGACAAGAUCUGGUGUCUGGAGCCAACGGAGGAGGAUAGCGAGCCUCAAAAUGGAUCGUCUUGGUGGAAGGUUGGCGUGUACCUGGACUACGAGGGAGGCCAAGUUUCUUUCUAUGAUGUAACCGCCGGGUCUCACCUCUGCACACACACGGCCCGUUUCAGCGAAAAAGUCUACCCUUUCUUCCAACCUACACCAGCUGCUUUCAGGCAAAAAGGCACCAUAAGCUUGAAAACCUGUCACCGUUAGGACAUUAAAGCAACUCUUAAGAGGGUUAUUAUUAUAAAAAGGAAAGGUAGGUGUGUCCGCCCAUUAGAUGAAAGUCCAAAAUCCAUACUAAGGCAGUGCUUUGAUUAGCCCAGCCAAAUGUAAACUCCAUGACUUCAUCAUCAGCCAACUUUCCUCCCACCUCGCCUUAUUUGCUAUCCAACCUGAUGAAGAGCUCUGGGUAACUUGAAGGCUUGCUCACUAUUCCGUGACGUUUUAGUUGACCUAUAAAAGGCAUUGCCCUAAUGUGGAUUUUGGAA